CGCGUCUGGAUUUAUGGGCGUAUUCUUCAACAUCUUGAGCCCGACGUGUAUUUUCGCGGCCGCUCUCCUCAUGAUUGAGGGCCUAAUGAUGGCGCUUCUGGAGGUGCCCUGUUUCUGUACAUUCCUCGACUUCGCGUAUAUGCCGUCCUCUUAUUUGGACGCAAAGCCCCAUUGGAUUAAAGCCGUCCUGUAUUUGCUGUUUGCGAUAAUUCCGCUGUCCUUUUGCAUUGGAUUCACGACACUCCUGGCCUGUAGUCUAAUAUUAGUGAGUUGUGGCCUAUAUUUGGUGAUGGCUUUGGGCAGAAAAGCGCCUGUCGACCAGAUGAAGAUGUCGGCCAACAAUAUCUCUGAGAAGCCGAACGCUGUUCUCGUGAACAACGAAGAGAUUCCCAAAGGCACGGACCCUCCGCCGGCGUACAGCCCUCCCCAGCCAAACACCAUCAGCUCUAUGGUGUUGUGUUGUAUUGUUUCAAUCAAUGGUCAGGUGCCCCCUGAAGAGCAACAUCCGGCACCUGAACCCUACUCUUUUGCCUAUACUUCCCCUAACGAUGACGGAACCUUCAAUGCCAGAGAAGAGACGGGCGAUGCCGACGGAAGAGUGACUGGAUUUUACACAUUACUCGGGGCUGACGGACAACAAAGACGUGUUGAAUACAUCGCCGAUGAGAACGGAUUCAGAGCCAAUGUAAUCACUAACGAAAUCGGAACCGAAUCCCAAAAUCCAGCCGAUGUUCAGUUCAUUUCGUCGGCGCCCACCGCCGCUGAACUCAAUGCUCAGUGGGAGGCCGCCAAUGCUGGAAGACCACGACCCGCUUCCGGACCUGUUCCUCGACCAAUUGGUCCCGGAAUUGGGGGCCCAGGCAUUGUCCCGGACCUGUGGGCCCAGUUCCCAGACCACCCGUUGGAAUUAGAGCACCUGUUGGUGCAGCCCAAAGACCUGGACUUAUUGCCGCACCUAUUGGUCCAAUUGGUGGCGGUAUUGCUGGCACUCAGGGACUUGCAAGUGUUGGAGCUGGUCCUAUUGGUGGCCCACAAUUUGGAUCUUUCGGUCCUCUGCCCGGACCAGUUGGUCCCCAACCCGGUGUUAGGUCAGGGCAUUAAUCCUUUGGGCGGAGGAAUAGGACUCAUUGGUGGUGGUGCUGGAGUGGCUCCCAAUGGCUUUGGAGGACAAGUGAACUACGGCUUAAUCCCGAUUCCGUUAGGAGCCGGCGCUAAUCUGCAGCAAUUGCAGGGAAUCAGAGGAUUUGGAAUACCUCUCGGAAACGGACAGAAUCUGCAGAGUUUGCAGGGAUUCCAGGGAUUCCAGGGAUUUGGAGGACAGGGAUUUCGAGGACCAGUGGGUAAUGUUCCGUACGGUUACGGCAAUGUGCUGUUAGUUCCUGUCGGCGCUGGUCUACAAGGAUUGUCAGGUGUGUCUAAUGUAGGGGCCGGUCCUCAGCAGCCAAUUGUGGCC